GAGAGAGAGAGAGAGAGAGAGAGAGAGAGAGCAUAGUGCGCAUGUGCAGCAGUGAGGAGCAGGAGGAGGAGGACGAGGAGGAGGUGCUGUGAGGGAGCAGAGGAAGCAGGAGAAGGAGAGGAAGGAGACAUGUCGCUGUGGUGCAGGAGAUGAGUGCAGGAGCUCGGACGCCAUCUUUGUCAACGCCAUCCACGCCAUCGCGAAGAGGCAGGAGGACGAGAGCGGCGAGAGGAGGCGGGAAGGACCUCCAUCUUCUCUCUGCAUCCCAGGCAGGAAGACGCACCUGAGGACACCAAACCCUCCGAAGACGGACCACUUCCUCCUCACUCUCACCUGGGAAGACUUCAGAAACACCUGACAGGACUUGUGAACAGAAACCAUCCACAUAAAUCCUGAUCUUGAUACCUAGAUCAAGGGAGGUAUAGAUAGAUGUAGGUAUAGAUGUAUGGGACAUCUUCUUUGCAAACCAUAAGCUACUGAUCCUUCAGGUGCUCUGGCUCAACUCUGCUUCCCGCCAACCCCCCACAGUCACAGCAAUAAUAGUACUAAUAACAAUAAUAGAGCGGUCACAAGGACUCAGGCUGACGGCAGCGGGUAGCAGGAUUGGGGGCGGGGUCUGUAAAGGCACCAUGGAGGCAGUCAUCCGUCCCCACGUGCCCUCCAAUGGCUGACUUGAGCCCGGCAGCAGCAGGCGCUCCUUUCCCGAGCCUCUUUGUGGUCCUCUUCCCAGACACCAUGUCUUGCCUGCGGCGUCAGCCGGUGGCCAUCCCCAUGGACACGGUCAAGAUCAUCCAGUCGGAGAAGUUCCCCAGGGAGUGCGCCGUGCCCGUCACCCAGCCCCGCUUCGCCCCGCCUCCCAGAGUGGCCUGGGGCGGCGAAGGCCAGAUCAUCGUCAACCAGGCCUGCGGUGACCUGACGCUGGACAUGGCGGCGCCGCCGCCCGCCAGGCCCGCCGCGCCCCCUCCGGCCCCGACCCUGCGCAGGGAGCCCAGCUUCUUAGCGCCGCGCAAAACCAGUGCCAACGAGAUCUGCUACCGCCAGUUCCACUUCAAGAUGGAGGACGUCAUUGUCAACCAGUACGUGCUGCGCUCCUCCUCCACCUCGUCGUCCGCGUCCUCGUCCUCGGGGCCGAGCGCGGCCUGCGAGCCCCUAGACUGCCCCACCUGCGGACACACCUACAACUUUGCCGGCAAGCGCCCUCGCAUCCUGUCCUGCCUGCACUCGGUGUGCGAGGAGUGCCUGCAGAUCCUCUACGAGUCGUGUCCCAAGUACAAGUUCAUCUCCUGCCCCACCUGCCGCCGCGAGACGGUGCUGUUCACCGACUACGGCCUGGCGGCCCUCGCCAUCAACACCAGCAUCCUGAGCCGGCUGCCCGCCGACCCCAACGGGCCGGUGCAGUGGGGCGGGGACGCCGACCGCAGCUGCUACCAGACGGUGCGGCAGUACUGCCAGUCGGCCUGCACCUGCCACGUGGCCAACCCGCUGGCGUCCUGCGGCAUCAUGUAGGCAUGGUCGGAGGGCGCCAUGGAAACGCUGCUCAGCCACACCUCGGUCGACUAUAAGCUCUCCAGUCCAGUACUUCACCACAGAUGACUCGUCUCUAUAUUUAUCAGCGCAGUCGGGUGCCGAGUGCUGGACCACUGACGGAGAAAUGGUAGAAAGAUGUAUUUUAUGUAUGAACUCCCUCCUCUUCACCUUCUCUCCUUUGCUGGGACGUGUCCGUGGUCUCUUCUCAUGGCAAUGAUCCAAUAAACAUUCUCUCCAAAACGUCUGACCGCUCAUUCUGAUCUCAUUUCUUUUCUGUCACGUCCCAUACCAUCCCGGUACUUGAUAUCAGCAGGAAUCAUAACGUACCUACCUUUAUUGUUUCCAAACGGUGUCUGUAACCCGGCAGAAAAACGGCUGAUCAAACAAAACACGAGUCAUCGUCAUGGACCCCGCUAGCUGCGCGAGCUAGCUCUCCAAUCAGCUAAACAGACUGAAUAACUCCACGGUGACGUUUUGGUGAAUUUACUGAGGGAUUUGUGAAAGUGAAACAAUACAAAAAUAAUGCCAUUGUAAGUUAAUAAUACUAAAACAAACAACAACAAAAAAAUACAGUACUAUCUAUCUACUCGUAAACGUUUUAGCAUGUUAGCUAAGGCUAACGACGCAAGCUUCGCCAAAUUACGAUAGCACGUACAAAUAAGGGGAUUGUAUUUAUUUUAAAAUCCUCUAAAGAGCAGGGAAACCUGCGAAACAGGCCUGUGUGGAUGAAAUAACAUCUGCGUUUUCUCCUGACCUAACGUAUAGAUAUGUAUACUUAUACAGAUCUAAAUAUAAUACUACUAACACAAACACCCGUAAACCAGUUAGCAUAUCAGCUAAUGGGAACGACGCUAGCUUUGUUACAUUACGAUAGCACAUACAAAUAUGCAUUAAAACAUUCCUACGGAUAUCACACAUGUUUAGGUUAUAUAUAUAUAUAUAUAUACAUAUACAUAUAACAUCACAUCCAAAAAGCGGGAGCCUUGUCGACAAGUUAUCAAUAUUAUUGAUACUUUUACAAUGUACAAUGAUAUAUAAUGUACAACAUAUUAACAAUCCACAAUAUAAAAAUUACAGAUGAAUAAAUAAUACAUGUCCAGAAUAACAGCAGCAUGUUAAUGCAAAAAGUGAGUAGUAGCAAACAAUGUAUUUAUAUAUAUAUAUAUAUAUAUAUAUAUAUAUAUAUAUAUAUAUAUAUAUAUAUAUAUAUAUAUAUAUAUAUAUAUAUA